GUUGUCAUUAUUCCCUGUUUAAGAUUUCACAGGUUCUUGUAUAUACUUAAAACUAACUUAGACUACUUGAUAAUUUCAUCUGAUAAAAUGGAGGGGAAAUUUGAUCAAUUGAAUACAAAGCUGGAGUUGUUGGAAUCGCGAAUUACAAAAAAUUUAAAAAUAGAAAUAAAAGCAAUAGUGGAAGAAAGCAUAAGGGACCUACUAGAUGACUCAAUAAGUGAACACGACAAAAAGAUUUUAACUCAUAUUAAUGAAUCAGUCCUGAAUAACACGCAGCAGAUGACUGAGAAAUUGGAGGCUAUGUUUCUUCAAAGUGACCAGCUGGUAGAGAAAUUUUCAAAAGUAACUGAAGAACUAGAUGGUCUGCGUCUCAAAAAUUGUAAUCUUGCCACUGAUCUCUGCACAGUAAAAGCCAGCCAGGAGUUUAUUAAUGCAGAGUUUGAGAUCCAGAAAGAUUACAUUGUUAAGCUGGACCAGGUGGUGAGGAAUCUGUCUGCCAAAAAUGAAUACUUACUAAGUAUGUUUAAUUCUCUUAAGCACCGAUUCGACCAUGAUUUUGAGGACCUUGCACAGUACGUGAGAAGGGAAAAUAUUGAAUUUCAUGGGAUUUCCUUCAGGGAAGGCGAAAACACAGAUAACAUAGUUGUAGAAAUUGGGAAAAAACUGGGCAUCACUGUGGAAAGACUGGACAUUUCGGUAUCGCAUCGUCUUCCAAGGAGAGAUAGUUCUAAAACUGGACCGAUCAUUGUUCGAUUCACUAACAGAAAUAAAAAAAAUGAAUUCAUAGCUAAAAAGUUUGAUGCUUCUCAAAUCAAGGACUUUGGUAUAACAGGCUGGAAGUACGAACGAUACAUACACAAAGUGAAGAAAAUAUGAAAAAAUUGCAUUCCAGGGUGAAAGAAGACGCCGAAAACCAUUAUGUUAAUUUUAGAAGCCGUUCGAGCAUUUUUCCAAAUAGAGGUAUUCAAGUUGACGAACUUGUUGAGCAAGAUCCAUUACACACACAUAGAGGGAAUAAUCAAAUUCGGCAGCUCACAGGAUACUCCACAAUGUACAGAAACCCAUACAGGAGUAUCUCAUCGUCUUUUGGACGCCAAUUAGACUUAUGGAUCGUUCUGAUAUUAUACUGUUGUUGAGAAAAAUAUAUCUGUGAGCUCUAUGGGAUUAAUUUUGCGAAGUUUUGAGCAUUCGGUACUAAACAUAAAUUGCGAAAACGGAAAUCGGCUUGUUGCAGUUGACGAUGGGUCGCGAAAGACUCAAUGCGUCAUCUAGUCAGCGACAUCAUGCAGUUGAAUUUAUGCA